AUAGCACCUCUAAAGCCUACAACCCUCAACUUAUAGCAAAUUUCCAAUUCCGUUUUCCUUAAAACAUUGCCUCCUUUCAUAGCUUCUUCCUUAUUAGGUUCUAAAAAUGGGAAAGUUUAUAUGUUUGUGUCAAAUCCGUAGUCUCCUCUUUGUGCUGUUCUUUCUUUCCGUAGUUGAUUGUUCUCUGAGUUUGUCUUCCUCAUCACGUAAUCCAACUCCUUCAGGUCUACCAGAAGACACUUCAGCCUUGCUCCAAUUCAAGAACACUAUGUCCGUGGAUGAUUCUGCUAUUUCUUCCUACUGUUAUCCCAAAACAAACUCCUGGAAUGAAAGCACUAACUGUUGCUCAUGGGAGGGAGUCACUUGUGAUAAGGCAACCGGUCAGGUGAUUAGCCUCGACCUUAGUUGCUCUAACCUUGUUGGCUCCCUUUCUCCAAACACCACCCUUUUUCGCCUUCGAGGACUUAAACGACUUGACCUCUCUUUGAACAAUUUCAGUGCUUCUUCGAUUCCGUCUGGGUUUAAUCAGUUAGUAAGUCUAACACAUCUUAAUCUUUCUGGUUCUUUACUCAGUGGUUCAGUCCCAUCAGAUAUAUCUUUGCCAUCAAAAUUGAUUUCACUUGAUCUUUCUGGAAAUGAUCAAUUGAAAUUUGACAGUCACGGUUUUGACAUGCUUACGCGCAACUUAUCUAAAUUAGAAAAUCUUUUACUUGGCUGGGUAAAUAUGUCUGAUGUUGUGCCUACCUCCAUGAACUUGCGUUCGUCUUUAAAGCGUUUGAGUCUCGAGUUUUGUGAUUUACAGGGGGAUAUCCCCAGUGAAAUAUUCCAGCUUGGGUACCUAGAGUAUGUUGAUCUAAGAUGGAAUUCUUUAACAGGUUAUCUCCCUAAGUCCAAUUGGAGUAGUCCCCUCAAAUUCUUUGACCUUUCCAGUAAUUAUUUGAGAGGGUCAAUUCCUUCUUCACUUGGAAACCUCACAAAAAUCACCUAUCUUGGUUUUUCUUAUAACAAAUUAGAGGGAAAAAUUCCAGAUGUCUUUGGAAACCUUAACAAACUUACUACUUUGGAUUUCUCUGAUUGUAAUUUUAGUGGUCAACUUCCCCCAUCGAUGUUCAACCUCACACAACUUACUUAUUUAGACUUAUCAGCCAAUAGGCUAGAAGGUCCUCUUCCAACUCAUGUAACAGGAUUUCAGAAAUUGAAGGACUUCAGUUUAACUGAUAACUUACUCACAGGAGGAGUUCCAUCUUGGCUUUUUACUUUGCCAUCUUUAGAAUACUUAGACCUCAGUAAUAAUAGUCUCACAGGUCCAAUCAAUCAAAUUCAAAGGCCUAAUUCAAUUCAAAGGGUUUAUUUAGCGGAUAAUGACAUCCAUGGUGAAAUACCAAGUUCUCUAUUUGGUCUUUCAAGGCUUAACCAACUUGAUCUUUCAUCAAACAACUUGAGUGGAGUCAUUAGAUCAGAUAUGCUUUCAAAGCUAGAGAGUCUUGAAACGCUCGAUCUUUCGACAAAUAAUUUUAGUGGUGUUAUCAACUUAGAUGUUCCAUCAAAGUUGAAGAAUCUCACUGAAGUUAAUCUUUCCAAUAACAAGUUAAGGCAAUUCCCGAGUUUCUUGCGAUCUGCGAAAAGCUUGAGAAGUCUUGAUCUUUCCAAUAACAAAAUUCAGGGUUCAAUUUUCAAAUGGGAAUCGGAAGGUUGGGAACAAUUGAUUGAUUUAAGUCUUUCCAACAAUUCAUUGACGAGUUUAGAGCAACUUCCAGGGAAGAGUGUUCUUACCCUAGAUCUUCGUUCCAACCUACUCCAAGGUCCUCUUCCAGCUCCGCCACCUUCAUUGCAAAAAUUCCUGAUUUCAGAUAACCAAUUGACAGGAGAAAUACCUCCUUCAAUUUGUAAUUUGACUUCACUUGAUAUUCUUGAUUUGUCUAAGAAUUACUUUGGUGGAAUUAUUCCAUCAUGUCUUGGAAAUUUUAGUCGGGGGAUCAGUAUCUUAAACCUACAAAAGAAUAACUUGAGUGGCAAAAUCCCUGAUUUUUGUGUUGAAUUAAGUAGUUUAAGAACUCUUGCUCUUAAUGACAACAAAUUAGAAGGGUUAUUGCCACGGUCCUUUGUUAAUUGUACCGGGCUACGUUUUUUGAACCUAGCAAACAACACCUUGUACGAUCUCUUUCCCUAUCGGCUCAGUGUACUUCCAGUCCUGCAAGUUCUUAUCUUACGCUCUAAUAGAUUUUAUGGUCGCCUAGACUAUCCCAUGGCUACAUCUAGCUUUUUAAGCUUGCAAAUCCUUGAUCUCUCUAAAAAUGAGUUCACUGUCCCCUUUCCGAAAAAAUUCUUCCAAAGUUUUAGACGUUUGAAAUUAGUUGCAGCUUCACAACCACAACAAAUGAGUAAAUGUGGUAGAGUAGGUGUAUCUUGUUUUCCUAGUCCUCGAGAUCGUUAUGACAGUCCCGAAAACUAUAAAAAAUAUGUGAAAGUAACCAUGAAAAGGUUGGAGAUAGAGUUAGAUCUGGACAAAUCAUUAACUAAUUUCACACUCAUAGAUUUUUCAAACAAUCGAUUCAGUGGACGAAUCCCUGAGGCACUCGGCGAACUUCAUGCUCUUUUAGUGCUCAACCUCUCACACAACAGAUUAAACGAUACCCUACCACCGUCAUUGGCAAAUAUGGCAGCACUCGAAUCAUUAGAUCUGUCAUCUAACAACCUUGGUGGUAGAAUUCCUUCCGAUUUAACGAAACUGACAUUUCUGGAAGUGCUAAACUUGUCGCAAAACAAUUUUUUCGGACCAAUUCCGGUUGGACAUCAAUUCAAUACUUUUGAUAUUGAUUCCUAUGCUGGAAACUUGGGUUUAUGCGGCUUCCCGCUAUCAAAGAAAUGUGGUAGUGAGGAGGAACCAAAGCCACCAACACCGAAGCUUGUGGAAGAUGAAGAUUCUGCAAUACCGUUUAUUUGGAAACUUGUAAUGAUGGGGUAUGGCUGCGGAGUAGUGCUGGGGUUGAGUACGGGAUACAUAGUAUUCACAACUGGAAGACCAUGGUGGUUGGUUAGAAUGGUUGAGAGAGACUGGAAGAGGAAUUUUACAAGAUGGGCCUGCAGGAUUGGAAGAAAAAGAAACUAGCUCUUCAUCCAAAUUGCAUAGUUGAACGUGAGGUGAAUUGGAGAGAAAAUGCACAACUGCUUCUGUAAGAUUUGGGUCGAAGCCUAUGUUCUUACCUUUUGGGUUCAUUUUCAACGCAGUGGUUUAAAGUUAUGAUUAAGGUGUUGUUAGAGGAUAGCUUGCUCUUUCUUGGCUUGUUAUUCAACUUUGGCUCUUGAGUUGGCCUUUGAUGACAAAUUGGAAGACAUACAGAUCCACCUGCACCUUCCUCUGUUUAAAGGAAUUUGGCUUCGCCCUCAAGUUGGCGUCGACACAUAUAUUUUGAAAUUUAAGUCCCCUUGUCUUUUAGUUUCAUGUGAUUAGCCAAAAUGCAACAUUAAAAUAUUGUCAAAUAUAGGGAAAUUAAAAUAAAUAAUAUUAUAACGAGAAAAAUUAAAAGAAAUAA